GAUUGGCCAUCACAAGUCGCCAUCAACAUGAUCUCUCAAGCAGGACCCUCCAAGAGUUCUGAGAACAUCCCUGUAGCCACACUUCCGGUCAUCAACUAUGAUAAGUUACUGUCGAAAAACAACGCCGAGAUCAGCAAAUUGUUGGAGAGUUGUAAAUCCCUGGGGUUCUUUUACCUAGACUUGACCGGCUCUGCCCAGCCAGUGUUGGAAAGUUCUCGGGAUGCAUUUCAUUUUAUGGAGGGAUACUUCGACCAGCCCUUUGAGGUCAAGCUGCGAGAUUUGAGACACUCAGUUACCCAUGGGUAUACCCCAACGGGCACUUAUACUGGAGCUAAACGAGGAGAGCGAGAUUGCUAUGAGACGUUAAAGAUCGCAGAGGCCGAGAUGAAGGUCAAGGCACCUCAAUUACCACCUGCGGUAAAAGAAAAAAUGACAUUGUUUGACCAUUUUAUCUCUGGGUCUCACUCUGUCGUCUUGAAGAUUCUUGACUGUCUCUCUGACGGAAUGGGUUUGGCUGGUGAGUCGCGAUUCGAAAAUAAACAUCGACCUGAUCGACCGGCGAGAACGACGAUGGUUCUUUUUCGGUAUCCCCGCCAGAUCCAAGAAGGGGAGGGUAUUGGUCACAAUGUUCACACAGAUAUUGGAAGCCUCACUCUGCUAUUCUGCGAGGAUUACGGCUUGCAAGCUUUAGACCCAGAGACUAACGAGUGGGGAUUCAUUGUUCCCAAGCCAGGCCAUGCUGUAGUCAACGUUGGUGACUCGCUUCGGUUCCUAUCCGGUCACCAGCUGGCUUCGUGUGUGCAUAGGGUAAUCCCUAUUACCGAGCGGCAGGAGUAUCAUCGUUACUCCAUCGCAUACUUUCUACGACCAGAAGAUGACGCAAUAUAUGUCGAUAGCAAAGGGCGAGGGAUUUCUGCAAGGGCAUGGCAUGACGAGAAAUAUAAUGUUUUUCGGGAACCGCAUGAGAAGCAGGAAAAAGACAUGAUUCUCACUGGUGGAAUGGAGCUGAACGGGGUUUUCUUGUCGAAACAGAAGAUGUGACGUUCGGUCACUAGAGGAUGGUUUAUCGAAGCGUUGUGAUCACGCACCUAAGACGAUUCUAUUCGGUACCUGGUAGAAUCUAUAUAAUGAGGUUGAUCAUGAUAUGCAAUGGAUAUAUUGACUCUAUUGGAGA